AUCCGUUUUCCCGUCAUGCAGUUCUCGAAACAUGGUAGCCGAUAACUUUCAUAACAUUGAUGUUUGUGUCGCACACUGCUGAAGUUUCGCAGCUGUGAGUCUGGUAGUGGAUCCGGAUAAUGCCUAAGUACUACGAGGAGAAGGAGGAGGACCUGCGGGCCUGCGCCGGCAUCAGAGAGGACUUCAAGGCCUGCCUGCUCCAGCACGACUGCGUGGUAAAGGAGGGGAAAAUGCCCAGCGAGUGUUUAAAGGAAGGCCACUGCAAAGCCCUGCAGACGUCGUUCUUUGAGUGCAAGAGGUCAAUGCUGGACACAAGGUCUCGGUUCAGAGGAAGGAAAGGAUACUGAGCAACCACUGUGGGACAACCGAGUGCUGAUUCUGCAACAAUGUUGAGUGGAUACCAGAUUAGCAAUUGUAAAUACUGAUUAAAUUCAGUCCAGAUCGCUCUUUUCAAAUGCCUGCGUGUGCAGGAUAUGCUCAUUUCGAAGGGCACUGCUUCAUGAGUCUGAACUGGCGUGGGAAAUGACUGGGGACUGCUGAAUCUUUGAAAACAUGCUGGCAAACUGUGUGGAGCAGAUUACUCAUUACUGGCUCCUUGCAGACAUGCCAAGUACUGCCCAAACACUGGGGCUCUGACACACAGGAGUGUGGCACUUCUUUAAGUCUUGCAAAAAAUGUUAAUAUAUUAACAUUCAGUGACUGUGAGUGUGUGUGUGUGUGUGUGUGUGUGUACUGUGUUGUUGAAAAUAAACACUUAAAUACAACAAGA